AUGAGCGAAGACCAUACCGUUAAAGGACUAUCACCCUUUGAUACGCAGUACGACAGCUCCAAUCUGCGCGUUGUGAUCAUCCACACCGGAUGGAACAAGGUGGUCAUCGACGCGUUGCUAGUGGUGACGCUGAGGAAGCUCAGGGAAGCUGGUGUUAAAGAGGGUAACAUUGUCAUUCAGAGCGUCCCUGGAAGUUUUGAGCUCCCAUUGGCAUGCGCAAGGGUCAUAUCUGCAUCUCAAAUCCAGGCAUAUUCAACUGCAACCGAUCUACUCAGUGGCACGAACUCGUUAUCGUCCCUUGACUCUCGUCCCAACACACCUGCCAUCACUUCGUCAAAGCCGGCCAACAUACCAUCUCGACCAUUUGAUGCCGUUAUCGCGAUUGGGUUUCUUCUCAAAGGCCCAACGAUGCGCUUUGAACACAUCUCUGAAGCGGUUUCCACAGGACUCAUGCGGGUCCAAUUGGAUAGUGGGGUUCCGAUAAUAUUCGGAGUAUUGACUGCGCUGGCGGAUGUGCAGGCUGUAUUCGGAGCGGGAAUAGGUGGCCCGGAUGGCAAGCAGGGUCAUAACCAUGGGGAAGAAUGGGGUGCUGCUGCGGUUGAAAUGGGAAGUCAAGCUCGAGGGUGGGCGCAGGGAAAAUUCGCAUAG